GGGUGAGAGGGAAAAAGAAAAGAGCAGGGGGGGAAUGUCUGAGUGAGUCUGAAGGAACCGGUGGGCAGGAGAGGACAGACGCUCGGGACGAGGAAACACUGGUUUAAAAAUACUCCCCCGGUGUCUAGAAAUAGACUCAAGCUUUUAGGACAACUUGACCAGCGGCAAAAAAAAGUGAACUUUUAUCUGUUUUGUUUUGUAUAUUCUUACAGUAGUUCUUUCUAUGCGCUUUUUCGGUGGGGGCUAAACGUCUGUUGGACAGCCGUGCGCAUUUUGGAUCAAAACAACAACACAAGGGAGGACAUAAGAGGACUUGUGAGUGUUGUCAUUCUGUUAAAAAAGGAACUGAGAGGAUCGGAUUCACUUUCCACAUUUGCGGAUAACCAUCGGAUCAUUUCGGGAUAAAAGCGCACAACUUUGGAUGUUUGAGAUGCGGUGAUGGAGUCCGGCGCUGUUUCCACCGUGACUUCGCCUCUCGUGAAGCUGCUUUUCACAGGAGCCAUGAGUUCGUCUAAAGUGUCACUUUUGAUCCUCACGGUCGCUUUAUGCGUUUGGAGGGACGUAACCGCGGGGACACUGACAGAUCUAGAGUUUGAGCGGAGUCCUGCUACUGUCAUCUCCUCUCUGGGCAAACCUGUUUGGCUGCACUGCGCCCUGACAGGGACAGGGGGCGAGGAAGAGGACCCUCCUGAUGUGCUGUGGCUGAGAGACGGUAUCCCACUGCAGUUUGCGGACACCAACCAGUUCCAAGUUCACACCGGCAGCAACAGUUGGACGAUCAUGAGCACACUGGGUAUUGACAAGGUCCAGCUUCUGGACAUGGGCUCCUACCGAUGUGCUGUUCUGUCAGAAAGCCACCAAAUUAUGUCCGAGGAGGGGGGCAUUCAACUGGAGGGCCUUCCUCAUUUCUCUGUGGAGCCUCAGCACAUAUCUGUCGUGGCCAACGUUUCCCUGAGCCUGAGCUGUGUGGCCCACGGUCCUCCAGAGCCGGUCAGGGUCAUCUGGCUGCAGGACGGUGCUCCUCUCAACUCCCUGAGCGAUGCAGUGGCCCUGUCGCCCUCCACACUCAACCUCACAGGUUUGAACAGGACCAGCACUUUCUCUUGUGAGGCUCAUAACCGCAAAGGUGUGGCCACAUCUGGAUCCGGAACCAUCACCGUUCUUCCAUCUCAGCCUCAGAACCUGACAGCUGUGGAGAUCACAGAGACCAGUCUCCUACUGUCGUGGCAGCCAGGGUUCGGUGGAGACUACUCCAUAAUCCACUGCACUGUUCAGGCCAAACACGUGGAAGAGUCCUUCACCUCAGGACCAGAUAAGAUAAUCCACCACCAGAACGUGAACAUCCCACCAGCCUCACACCUCAUCGGGGACCUGGAGCCCCACAGUCUCUACACUGUCAGAGUGGCCUGUCACAGCAGCCAGGGCCCGUCGGAGUGGUCGCCCUGGGUGGAGCUGCGCACCAGAGAAGGAGUGCCAGAAAACGCUCCUGUUAACGUGACGGCGACGCUGAACGGGACGGAGGUGCUCAUGACGUGGGAGGAGCCUCCAGGGAAGCUGAACGGAGAGCUGCAGGGCUACUUGGUGGAGUACAGCACACCGGACACUCAGCAGUUUGUCGUGGACGCUGGACUGGACAAUGAGCUUAUGGUCAAUCUGUCUGUCCCCCUGUCCAACGUGACCUUCCGGGUGUGUGCCUACACAGGAGCGGGAGAAGGACCCUGGACGCUCACACAGACCGUGACACUUAUUGCCCCCGAAAUGGAGGAGUUUAGAGGUCCGUCGUCGCCCCCUGCCUUUUCCUGGCACUGGUGGUAUGUGGUGAUGGCCAUUGCCGGCGCCGUGUCCAUAGCUGUGCUCAUGGCUGUUUAUGUGGCCAAGCUGCGGCGCAAGGAGACGCGCUUUGGAGAGGCCUUUGAACCCAUGAUGGAGAGCGGGGAGCUGGUGGUGAGGUACCGUGCUCGACGCUCCUACAGCCGCAGGACCACAGAAGCAACAUUGAACAGCCUGGGCAUCAGUGACGAGCUGAAGCAGAAGCUCCAAGAUGUGAUGGUGGACAGACAUAAACUAACCCUGGGAAAGACCCUGGGAGAAGGGGAGUUUGGCUCAGUGAUGGAGGGUCUGCUGACUCAGGAGGAGGCUGCCCUCAAAGUUGCUGUCAAGACUAUGAAGAUCGCCAUCUGUACCCGCUCAGAGAUGGAGGACUUCCUGCGUGAGGCUGCCUGCAUGAAGGAGUUUGACCAUCGCAACGUAAUGAGACUUCUGGGUGUUUGUCUGCAGACUGUGGAGAGUGAAGGUUACCCCUCCCCUGUGGUCAUCCUGCCCUACAUGAAACAUGGAGACCUGCACAGCUAUCUGCUGUACUCACGGCUGGGCGACUGUCCAGUGUACCUCCCGUCUCAAAUGCUGGUGAAGUUUAUGACGGACAUCGCCCGAGGUAUGGAGUACCUCAGCAACAAGAACUUCAUCCACAGAGACCUCGCUGCUCGCAACUGCAUGCUCAAUGAGAACAUGAAUGUAUGUGUGGCCGACUUUGGCCUCUCUAAGAAGAUCUACAACGGCGACUACUACAGGCAGGGCCGCAUCUCAAAGAUGCCUGUCAAAUGGAUCGCCAUUGAAAGCUUGGCCGACCGCGUCUACACCACAAAGAGCGACGUGUGGUCCUUUGGAGUCACCAUGUGGGAGAUCGCUACCCGGGGCCAGACUCCCUACCCCGGCGUCGAAAACAGCGAGAUUUAUGAUUACUUGAGGCAGGGAAACCGUCUCAAACAGCCUCCAGACUGUCUGGACAGCAUCUACGCCUUGAUGUUCUCCUGCUGGCUGCUGAGUCCAAAGGACCGUCCUUCAUUUGAGUCCCUGCGCUGUGAGCUGGAAAAAGCCCUUGAGGAUCUGCCGGACCCCCAGGACCCGGACGAGAUCCUGUACGUCAACAUGGACGAGUCCUCCAUGGAGCUCGGGGCCGUCGGGGGCCGUGACCCCUUGGCGAUGCCGUCCCCUCUCUGCCUGAAGGGCUUGGACUCUGUAACCACGGUGGAGGUCCACCAACCCAACCGCUACGUCCUCUGUCCCCAGCACGAGACGAACCGGGCCCUCUCCGACUCCCUGGAGAGCCUGGACAUGCCGGUGUCUUCGUCCACAGCCACGCUGCCUCUACAGGCGUCCUGCCACUCCACGCCCAACGCCACUCCAGCUCCAACACCCAACGUGGAGCUGCUGGAGGACAGAGAAGGGUCCAGAAAAGUUCCCUGGUAGUGAUGUCAUGUCCUCACUGACUGGUCAUUACCGCCAUUACCUUCACCACAGUCCAAGAACUAGAUCCCGUCUCUUGCUACUGACUGAAAGAAACCUGAUGUGCCCUCAUGCAUGUACAUAUUUUGCACACACACAUACACACAUGCCGGCGACAUUCCAGGGAAGUGAAGGAUAAGGACUACUUUCCUUUAUCGUCUCCCCUCCUGUCAGACCAAGCACAGUGUAAAUCAAGGAACGAUGUCGUUACUCACACUGCAGCACAAUCAGAGAAAUCCAUUCCCCGUCGCUACAGCAAUAAAAUACCACGUCUGUAUCAAUACAACUACCUGUAAACAACAGAGCGAUCUCCUUUAUGUCAUUAAGCUAAAAAGAAAACAAACCCACAAAAAUCAAAGAUCUCUGUCGGAGACCAGCUCAAGACACUGCCACACUCAAUCUACGAGUGAACCAACUCAGGAGCUCCAGCUUUCCAGAGACUAACACGGAGAACUGUCACCCGAGAAAACCUCGCCUGUACAAACCUGAGGAUUGAUGGGGGAGGAAAGGGAGGAUAGAAGGACUGAACAAGGAUUUGUAGGCUCAUACUCGUUUGUCACAACUUGAAGUGAAAUAUGACCUGAAAUGCAAUUCCACUUUGGCCUUUAGUGGCUUUUUUAUGUGAAGCUUUUGUGAAUGAGUUUGUGUCACAGGCUGACGUAUGAAAGCACAAACCAAUCACGCGUUUCCUCGCUGACAGGUGAAGUCACCUGCUCUCAAGGUCCGAUUCAACUGGUCACAGGUCAAAUCAUGAGGGUACAGAAAAGGAGAAAAGGUCGGCAGAUGCACUGAGGGUCGACACGGGCGAUGGACGAUUGGAGUGAAGCUCCUCACAUUUUGGCACAAGCACAGUGUUAUUACACAUUUUUGUACAAUUCUAUUUGAUGCUGAUCUUUUGUUUUUCUACAACUUUUGCACUAAUGUUUUUUUUAAAACUUUUUUUGUAUAUCUUUUGUGUAUACUCUCAGUCAUUAUCAAAAACCUUUCCACAUAUAUAACCCAUAUUUUCAGAAAGGCAGAGAACAAGGCCUGUGAAAGUGUCGAUUUCUGUCCAUGAACGCAGACUGGGAAACACACGACUAACCUCGUCAUCUGACAUCAUCCAGCCACUCUUUUUUUAUUCGAGUAUAUAUAUAUCCAGUUUAUAUAUAAAACCUUUUUUAUGCGAGCCUUGGCACUGUAAAUAAACGACUGUUACCGACAGAGUCAAGGAAGUAGCUGAAAACAAAAUGUACGUGAAGAUCGUCCAACAUAUCCUGACAUUGUGCAUGCACUUAUUUUUAAAGGGGACUUGACCAUGUUCUAACACACAUUUUUUGGGAGUACGACAUUUGUUAAAACAAAGCGCUGUGUGUCUCGGUUGUAUACGUGAAAAGGUACUUAUAUAUAUAUAUAUAUACACAGUAUAAAGUGGUAUGUUAUACGUGUAGCAUUGCUGAAUUCCUCAUGAAAAGAUGGUGUACGUUUCUUGCAAUGUCUUUGGUACUGUAAGCAAGGUUUUACAGUGGUGCUGAGGCUUAUAACGGACUGUAUAUAUACAGUUUUUACCAAAACUGUUUUGUACCAGGCGCAGUGUUUGAAACUGAUAGUUUAGGUGUUUUUGAAGUGUGGUUGUGUGAGUUACUGUCAUAUAAUCAGCCGGCUAAUGUCUGCGACAUCUCAAGAAUACCUUUGUCAGUUUUAUCUCGCCAUUAAACAGCCUUUUGUGACUCUUUACCACCCACACCACACAAGUCCACACAGAAAAUCGACGAUUUCACGUCACAGCACACAGAUGUUGCUGAUGCGCUACUGCCUGCAUCAUUAAUUUCACGUGUGUUAUUCUGUCACUUCUGUGUUUUAAAUCCGUUGUUUCGAUUUUACUCAAGUGGCACAAACUUACCAAAUGAGGCAGCAGUUGACCAGCAGCUCUCAUGUACCUGUAAGCUAGAAAUGCCAUUUUUUCCUAUGGAUUUUGGUGUGGAAGAGUGAGUGAUUUACAAAUUUCAGUUUCCAGAUGAGAGAGGCUGUCUAGUGGUGAGCUAAAGCAGCAAAAUACUACUUAAGAUAUCGCUCAUUUAAGCAGAUUUCAUCAGCCGAGCCUAUUGUUAAGUGGCUUAAGUCAUUUUGUUUGUGUGCUGCAAAGUGAGGGCGAGUGCUCGUGUCUCGUACCUCAUUCAACCACGUUUUUAAAAAUCUGAACCAUCAAUUUCAUUAAAAAGAAAAAAAAAGAUUAAAUUGUGAUGAAAUCUCAGAAUUUACCAAGUGCCUUCAGAGAGCCAGUAUUUGUGUCACAGAUGUGUGUGUGGCUUGUGUUUCUCCUGGUGUGUUGAAUUGGGAGAAGACUGUAUAAACUGCCUUUAUAUUGUCUCUGUCAUGAUUUAUAAAACAGAGGGUUUUUUUUAUAUAGUGCAUACAGUAUUUUGUAUAAGAAAUAAAUGUGUUCAUUCAUGAA